GUGGUUGGCUUGAAGAGCGUCGGUAGCAAUAGCGACAUUUGGCCGCUAGAAAGGCCAGAGGGAAUGCCAGCCAUACAGUCCCUCGAAGUGAUGUGCGGAAAGGAUCACAUGGACGUGCAUCUAUCGUUCUCCCAACCCUUUGAGGGCAUCGUCUCGUCGAAAGGCCAACACGCCGACCCGCGAUGCGUCUACGUUCCACCGUCCACCGGACAGACUUUCUUCUCCUUUCGGAUAGCAUACGCGAGAUGCGGUACCAAGCCAGACAUGCACGGACAGUUCUAUGAGAAUACCGUUGUCGUUCAGUACGACAAGGAUUUACUCGAGGUCUGGGACGAGGCGAAACGGCUGCGAUGCGAGUGGUUCAACGAUUACGAGAAGACCGCCUCGAAACCGCCGAUGGUCAUCGCCGAUCUCGACGUGAUACAGCUAGACUUCAGAGGUGACAACGUGGACUGUUGGAUGGAGAUCCAACACGGCAAGGGACCCUGGGCACCACCAGUUUCCGGGAUAGUGCCGCUCGGCUCGACUCUCACCCUGGUCGUCGCUAUAAACGAUUAUCGAGGGGAGUUCGACAUGCGUGUGAAGUCGUGCGUGGCCUCGGACGGCGGUGGACACACGAUACAGCUGAGCGACGAGUUCGGCUGCGUGCUCAGGCCAAAGAUGAUCAGCCGAUUCCUGAAGGCACGGGGCUCCGACGAUCGGGCGACGGUCAUUACCUACGCCUUCUUCCACGCGUUCAAGUUCCCGGACGCGUUGAGCGUGCACAUCAAGUGCAAGGUUGAGAUCUGUCGUCACGGCUGUUUGGAUCACUGUCAACUUAGCGGAUCUGUCGGCCACUAUAUUCAAGAGCGGAAGGAUCAGAUACGACCGCAGUACCCGCAAACCACAGUGCCGCCCACCGUUCACAACAACAACAACAACGACGACGAUAACAACAGUGCCGACAAGAGUAACGAAAACGUAGGAGGAGCCGGGACCGAGCAGAGCGACGGCUCCCUUUACGACGACAUCAUUCAAGAUGGUGAUGAAAUGACCUCGAUAGGGGGUCACUUCCUGGGCGUCGAGAAAUCAGCUCCAAAGGCGCAGGCACAGACGAGCAACCGGCUACCGGCGCCAGUAAUCGAGACACCGAACGAGGAGGAAGUUCAUCUAGACGACGCUGAUCUUUCAAGACCGUUCGUUGAUCCUCCGCGGAUGACGCGAUACGAGAGCGAGCAGGAUCAGUUCCCGCACGGCCCACGGAAUCUCGAGGGGAACAGCGGCGCGAUACCGGUGACACCUCUCUCGUCUCCGAAUGGCAGACGAAAGAGAUCGGUCGUGGUGUCCGACAGGAAAAUCCGUAGCGCCGACGUCGGCGUGAGCGGUUUGUACGAGGUGAUCUCCGAGGCUGAUCUAGCCUUCAGCCCGGAUACUCACGCGGAGGCGGUAACGGUGUUUCAAGGUAGAAUACGCGAGGAAGUAGUUUAUGGUAUCUGCCUGCCUAUGCCCGGUUUCAGCGCGCUGUUCAUCGUCGUGGCGCUUUCGGCCGUCAUCUCGGCGCUUGUCGCCGGCGCGAUGCUGCACCGGCUGCAAGCGCAACGCGAGGCGGUCGACAACAGAAAGAACAAUAAACCGGUGCAUUCGACGAACGGCUGGCUACCUUACGGCUUGCUACGCGUACGCUGCACGACGCGGCCGGCCACUCAUCUCGAGCAGAUCCAGCAAAAACAAACGAAUCCAGCCGCCACCAGCCCCUCGGUCGAGAGAGGCUAACGAUUGACGUGAGUUUUCGUGUCGCUGGGUUUCCGGGACGCUGGUCCCGUGUCUCGCUCCGCGAAAGACAAUGUACAAUAAUACGCUGUACAAAGUAUUUUAAGUGCAUCGAAUCACGCGCGACGGUUUCUUCUUACGAGCGACUCGAACGACGAGUCGAUCGUGUCUCCUUCGACGGAGAGGAUUCAACGAAUGCGCUUUCGAAUCAGGAGCCACCCUCCUUCUGUUCAGG